AUGGUGAAGCAAACUAGACGUCUCGCGUUAGAAGAAAUCUUAAAUGAAAAACAAAUUCAAAUUAUUUUGAAGCGAUCCUUCGGUGAUGAUGUUGCGUGUAAAGUUACGGACAGUGAAACAAAACCAGCAAUGGACGGUAUAGCCGGAUUCCUAGGUGAUCAUUGGAAAGCUGUUUUAAAUGUAGAUGUUGAAGGAGAAACGAAGAAAAUCCAUCUGUUUUUGAAGCGUCUUCCCGUGGAGAACAAAGCUAGGAGUGAUUUUAUUAAUGUUAAUAAUUAUUUUAGACGAGAGGAAUUGAUGUAUAAGCUUUUUGAGGAGAUCUGUGAUGAUGGUCCAAACCGUUUUUGCACAAAAGCCUACGUUUACACGGACUCCAUAGUCGUGAUGCCAGAUCUCACAUUAGAAAAAUAUGCCUGUCACUUUUAUCUGCACACUCUGAACCCGGAACAGGUUUUCGUAGCGACAAAAUCUAUAGCACAAUUUCAUGCAGCAUUCGUUAAUUAUGAGACCAAAAAAAGUAUGAGUCUAAAGCGUUCAUACAGCACUUUACAAGAAUACGACCAUUUGUUGAAAGAACCAAUUUUUUGCGACUGUCCAUGGCUAAAAGCAGCCGCUAAAUUAUCUGCAAAUCUCUUAAAAACCUUUUCUGGAAAACCCUACCGUAAUUGGCUAGAUUUAGAGAUGAAAUUGGCAAAGAAGUAUCUUGAAGCGUGUGAUACCUUAAAAGAACAUAAAAACACUCUGAACGUUUUAUUACACAGAGAUUUGUGGGUGAACAAUAUAAUGUUUAAGUAUGAAAACGAUGUUCCAACAAAUGCUGUCCUAAUUGACUUCCAAAAUUUGCGUUACGGACCUCCCGCUUUUGAUUUGAUGGUAUUUAUGUACCUCACUACAGAUAGCAGUUUCCGACAUGCACGGGAAAGUGAUGUAUUUGAUUAUUACUACUCCGUCUUUCAUAAUAACCUAGACGAUAGUUCCAAGAAGAGACUUAAAGAAUUGGCCUACAAUAAAGACAAUUUUUUACAGUGGUGUGAAAAGGCAAGAAUGUUUGGUAUCCUUGAGGCGAUAGGCCUCUUCCCAUACAUUCUUUUAGAUCCCAAGACUGCUAAGAAGACAUUUGAUAAACCUGAGACGCACGAAAGACAUUUUAACGUUGACAGAUCAGAGCCAGUCCUGGCUCAUGCAGGAAAGUGUGAAAUAUACAAGCAGAGAAAUCUGGAUGUAUGUGAAGAAUUUGUCGAAAGAUAUUUGUUAUAG